GUGUACGUGUUGAGGCUUUGAAAGGAAGUGAUCGGGAAGUGCCGGUGGCAUUUUGUGAGCAGUAGAGGGUCGACUGUCUCAUUAUUUAUUACCGUACGAUACUGACGUCAUACGGUACAACUGUAGAAGACAAAUGAACCAAAUAGAAGAACGGCAUCAACAGGAUGCGAAAGAUGCGUCCAAGACAAAAGUGUCAGGAUUCCUUCUGACACAACUUCCAGAUUCGCAGAUUCAAUGGCCAUCAUGAUUGGUCUCCCACAACCGGAAAGAAGCCGACGCCAUCUUGCAUUAUUGAGGAGCAAGCAAUUGCAAAACUGAUUUCUGUUGGAUCCAUCUCCCAUUUCAUUAUUUGCCAUAAGGAUGGAAAUUAUAAUUGCUGAAAGAUAAGAUAAGAUAAGAUAAGAUGGUCAACUUUGGAGAAAAGCUCAUCACCACUCAAUAUGUGCCCUGGGCUCUGCAUUACAUUGACUACCAGCACUUGAAGCAAGUCUUGGAGGAAGAGUACCAUGACGUGUCUGCCAGUGGCAAAGGAAUGGACAAUAAGAGUAUUGCCACGGCCACUUGGACCAUUGGCGGUAGUACUGCUGCCAACAACAAUAACUCGCAAUUCUUUUUAUCCGUCUUGUACCAUCAAACUGAAAAAGUUGCCUUUUUUGUGCUGCAAGAACAAGGCCGCAUCACAUCGACAUUGGACGAAUGCCGACAAGAACUGCUCAAAGGAGCUUCUGAAAUGGAUGAAUUGGUUCAGCUCGAAGGCACCUAUGUGGAAACCGGCAUUGCUCUCUUGCGUCUAAUACGAUUUGUCGAUCUCAAUAUGCAGGGCUUUCGCAAAAUACUCAAAAAACACGACAAGGUCGCACGCAGCAAAUUGUCCUUGUCCUACUUGACAUUGCGCAACAGCGAAAGUAGUACCGCCUUUGGCAUUGUUGGCUACAAUUACGCUCGCAGACUCAUGGGACGAGACGACGAAAAAUUGGAUUGGAUCUUGUGGGGCAAUCAGCUAUUGCAGCCACUGUUGCAGGUAGACACCUUCACGGCAUUGGCAGGAGCCUAUGAAGCCGGGACGGAAGAACUGCGUCGUCUUUGGGUCCAAUAUGAACUCAAUCAUACGCCUGCCACUGCUUUGGCCGCAGCAGAACCGAGAAUUAGCAAACGACACUUGACGGCACCCAAUUUACAGAGUAUGAUGCUACAACAACAGCAGGAACCAUCACCGCAACAACGAGAAACAUCCUAUUAUAAUGAUCAAACCAAUCAGCAGCCAUCGCACAGUGUCAGUGGUGGCGAUUUAAAGGCCAUGAUGUUGGAAGAGGAACGAGCCUUGCGCAGAACCACUACCAUGAGUCCAAGUCAAGUUCUACUGCAGAUUCAUGCCGCCCGGGGUCGGCUUCAUCACACCAACGAAUUCAUACGCCUCUUGGCGGCUCCCAUGAUGGUGACGACACCGGAAGAUGUCAUUUCGGAAUCAGGAUCCAAAACGUCACCCAUGAUGAAUGGUCGACCCUCCAGAUUGAGCAACUUGUUGAAUCUACUGUCCACCUUUUUUUACAUGACAAACUAUUACAUUGUGGCACCUACAUCGGCAAACUACGCCGACAAGCUGGGGUCCGACUCUUCGAUUGCCUCCAUUAUCAUUGGCAUGACAUCCGUGGCAGCACUUGUAUCCACCCUGCUGUACUCCUGGUGGACCAGCUAUUCCUACAAAUCUGCAUUGAUCUUUGCAAGUACUUGCAGUGUCGUUGGAAACAUGCUAUACGCGGCUGGUUUACCUUGUCAGUCAUUGGAAAUUGUCAUGCUGGGACGGUUGCUGAAUGGAUUUGGAAGUGCUCGCAGUAUCAAUCGACGGUACAUUGCCGAUAGCUUUUCUCAAGCAGAUCGGACGACUGCAUCGGCAGCUUUUGUCACUGCCACAGCUGCUGGAAUGGCCACUGGACCGGCAUUGGCAUCCAUCUUGCACGUGGCAACCGAAGAAAGUACCAGUGUCUAUUGGCAGUCAGAAAAUGCCCCUGGAGUAUUCAUGUUCUUUGUUUGGAUCAUAUUCUUGUUCUUUCUCAUCUUUUACUUUGAGGAACCUGUGCGACCCUACAGCCGCAAGAAUACUUCAUCAGACGACAAUAAACAACAACAGAACGGAACGCUCUCCGAAAAAAAGCCCUUGUUGGCACAGAGCAUCACACCAGAUGCACCCGAAGAGGAGGAAGAGUCUGGUAGCCUCUGCUGCAAUGUUCCUGUGAUGGUCACUUUGGUGGUCUACAUGGUCCUCAAAAUGGUUUUGGAGGCUGUUUUGAGUUCCGAAUCAAAUCUGACCACUUUGUACUUUGAUUGGGAGAGCGAUAUCAGUGGUGUACACUUGACAAUUCUGGCUCUGCUCAUCCUUCCAGUCAACUUUGGAGUCGCAUUUCUGGCACGUUCCUACUUUGAUCGGGAGCUUAUCAUUGGCCUUUUGGUCGGCAUGUUUGUGGGGUGCAUCGUCAUUCUCCAGUAUCAACACGAUCCCGAGGACUACACGUUGGCUCAGUAUCUGAUUGGAUCGGCACUGCUCUUUGUCUGCGCUAGUGCUCUCGAAGCUCCCAACAUGUCGUUGCUUUCCAAAGUGAUUCCCCGCAAGUGGAGCCGUGGAAUAAUCAACGUUGGCCUUCUUGCCACUGAGAGCGGCACUUUGGGGCGUGUCAUUGGGGAUGUGCUCUUGGCGGCUGUGGGCAGUCGAGGAAUGGAGGAGUUGCUGAACCGAGCGUUUGGCUGGUACUCGGUUAUCAUUUUCGGCACCUUGCUGUUGACCUUUGCGACCUACGAACGAUUAGUGGAACCUCCAGAACCAGACGAUGACUGAUGAGGAGCUUUCAAGAGAGCUAGCUAGCUAUUUUUUGCUCGUGAAUGCUACACGCUGCAUAUUGCAUAGAAGAAGUACUUAGUGUAUCGAUACCCUAUGUAACGUCUAGCUUGCUGCAUAAAGGAGUGUGAAGUUCAAUUGAAGCAGCCAAGAAAAGAAGAGCCUGGGCGUUGGUUGCGUCGAUUGCUAUGUGUGUGUGGGGGGGGGAGCACGGCUGGGGCUGGGCUCGACUCAGCUCGAAGCACACAACUCGUUGGCUGAAGAGUCCGAUGCGAGCAUUCAACUGAUACGACAUAAUCUAUACUUACAGAAUUGAAUUAAGCAAAACUACACGUACCGUUUCAGAUUCCAUUCGAUUCUGCCUUUUAGAUACCAAAGCUCGACUGUGGUCAAAGAAAGAGUGUGUUGGGUGUACUUGUCAGCACAGGCUGUGGGUUGUCGCGAAGUUUCUUGUGAAAGAGUGAUAAACACUGAUUGGCAAGGUACUGCACAAGAGAAUCUUCUUUGUGCUUGGGUUCAUACAGAACUCCGAUUCAUCAUCCACUGGGUGAGGGCGGAGAGCUGCUGUGACGUCUGCCGAAGAGGGAAUGCUUCUUUCUCAGGCAAGCUCGUCCUAGCGUAAAUAGCAACCUACAGCAUGGCUUCCACUGCUUCCCACGCCCGAUCUUGAAUGGCUUGAUCGGCAAAGGCUUUGCCUGCCUUGUGCUGUGUGACAUCUCCAAAAUCUUGGUUGUAGCCUUUGCGGUGAGCAAAAAAGCUACCACUGGCUACUCCUUUAUCCGCACUAAAGUCGCCUCUGGCCAACAAGGCAUCUACAUAGUGUUUGGCUCCCACUUGGAUGGUGUUGCUUCCCUUGAAAAAAAUGAGUGCAUGUGCAAACAUUCGCAGCACGGAAGUGACACCACCAUGGUUCAAAAGGCCCGUUCCCUUGACGGCUCCUGGAGAGACUGUCAGGACAAAAAUGUCCGGGUGAUGCCUGGCAAAUGCGGCCCAGUAGAAUGCCAGAAUUCCCUUGACCCAACCAUAGGGACUUCCUUGCACCGCAAUUUCACCCGCCAAGUGCUUGGAAAAGUCGCAGGUCUCCCAUUGAAAAUUGGGUGAAGGCGGUGCAAAGCAACCUUCCGUCCCAGACGCCACAAUGCGACUGGUCGAUGUCAGUUUUCCCAGCGCCAACAACUUUUUCACCAACGCCGCAUGCCCCAGUAAAUUCAAUUGCGCCACGGGACAAACGGUGUUUCCAUCUUGACGAGUGGUUGGUGUUAGUUUGGGAUCAUCUCCAAAGCCCCCCGCAUUCAACAAGAGACCAUCAAUCGAAUCGAUCGUAUCCGGAAUAUCCUGACAAAAGUCCUGCGUGGCAUCAAAGGCGAGAAAAAAGGCACGGCCCUGGUGGUCCAAGGUUUCCAGGGCCUUUUCGGCGCGUUCUUUCGAACGACACAGCAUGUAGACGUGACAAUUGGAAUCAUCUUGCAGCAAUUGGCGUGUCGCUUCCAAACCAACACCACCAUUGGCGCCCGUGACGAAAAAGAUGCGGCGGCGUUCGCUCAUGGUCAAAAGAAGUAAGUUAUGGAUGGACGAUUGACGGUGGCAAUGAAGAUAGGAUUGAGUGAGGACAGUGAGGACUUCGCAGCAGUUCAGGGACGAAGGAGCGACAAGGUGGCCAAGAAAGAUCUGAUUUGAUUCAGCGGGCAAUUGCUUCGAGGGUUAGGGGUAUUCCGUACCAGGUACUGUACCGGUCCCAUGCUCCAGCCACCACACAGCGACCAUAAUAGA